GCGUUUUAUACGAGUAACAAAUACAUUUUUAAAGUAUUUAGAAAGGCAUUGAAAAUACGUAAAAAAUUAUUUAAAAAAAGUUUCGCAGUGCACUACACUUCACCAACUUAAGGCGUAGAAUAAAUAUUCCACUUUGCAUUCUGAGAUGUUAGACGCGGUUUGGCGCACCUGCGCGUUUUUCAUCUUCCUCUGCCACAUAUGGCGUCUGCCACUGAACGGCGUUGCCCAGCAAGUGCCGCCUAUUGCGUGCCCCAACUAUUUUCAAUACCUGAGCGAUGGUAACGGCUACAUCGGACGCAUUACGCUGCCCAACGUUCCGAUGGGGACAACGCGCCUAAAUUUGCGCUUCUCACAGCAAGUGCCGGUGCAGUCGAAUUACUUUGGACGCUUAUCACUCUACCAAGACCAGCAGACAACUAUCAAUAAUUUGGAGCGAGGUCUUCCCAUUUCGUAUCGCGUGGAUUUCCCUAUCCCCAAUGUAUUGCCAAAGCUGACGCGCAUUGCCGUCAAUGGGCUUGACAUCUGCUUGGCGUCUGAAUAUCCUCCUCCAAGCACAGUUCUCGAUCUGCAACAUACACUCCAUACAACAACUGUGCGUGGUACAACACCGCUUAAUAGCAAUUUGGAAGGUGGCGCCAUCUUUCCGGUCACAACAAACUCAUUCCCAAGCCAGAACUUCAAUCCAUUUCUACAGCAGAAUCCACAGCCGAUGUUGAAUAAUCCAAAUUCUAUACAAAAUCCCUUCCUCACGCCCAUUAGACAGACACCAACAACAACCACUUCUCAACCUACAGUUGUGCGUACGGAACUGCGAACGCAGAUCCCAUCGCCAGUCGUGGAUUACUCGCAAUGCGGCGUGGAAGGCAACACAGUAACACCAUUCAUCCAUGGCGGCAUAGAACUUGCACGUGGCCAGCUUCCUUGGUUAGCGGCCGUCUAUCGAAAGCAAUCGUCCGGUUUGAGAUUCUUAUGCGGUGGUUCACUCGUAUCCUCCAAUACAGUGAUUACUGCGGCACAUUGCUUUAAAUUAAAAUCGCUAAGCGCCUCGCAGGUCGUCGUCUAUUUGGGCCGUCACAAUUUGGAAAACUAUGGCGAGAUCGGUGUGGUUUCGCGUGAUAUACGAAAUUUGUUAAUACAUCCGGAUUAUAGUGGCAAAUCGCUGCCUGAUGCGGAUGUGGCGAUACUGCAGAUGCAGACAUCAGUCAGCUUCAGUGAGUUCAUCCGUCCCAUUUGCUUGUGGAACGAAUCAUCGGACAAUUCAUUGAUUGUAGGCCAAACGGCCUUUGUCGCUGGCUGGGGUGCUGAUGAGAAGGGGCGUGAAGUGACGGCGCUGCCCAAAAUGGUUGACGCGUCCAUCGUUAGCGAUAAUGAAUGCCUGCGCUCUUCGGAGGUCUACAGCAAAUUGACAACACCGCGCACGAUAUGUGCGGGCAAUCGUGAUGGCACUGGUCCCUGUAUGGGCGACUCUGGUGGUGGUUUGAUGUUAAGUCGCAAUGGCUUAUGGAUGUUGCGUGGCGUGGUAUCGGCCGGUCUUACCAGCCAGGGCCAAUGUGAUCUUAGCCAAUAUGUAAUCUACUGUGAUCUGGCAAAGCAUAUUGCGUGGGUGCGGAGCAAUAUCUCCUAGUUGGCGGACUGGAAUGGAGUUAACUUGAAACGCAGUCUGCAAAAAUGUUAACGAUAUGCUUAGUUUUAUUAUUUAAGGAGAAGGAUCCGCAAGCAAAGUUGAGAGAUUAGCAACCCUGGCAAAUGUGAUUAGCAAAAUUUGAGCCAACUGAAGGUUGCUAUGGAAAAGAGCUCCAUAAGCCCCCUUUGCUUAGAUAUAUGGAAUUACUCUUUGAAGAGUUUUGCUAUCUAUUCACUUCUGAAGGUCGCGGUAAUGUUUUAAAUUUAAAAUUAUGAGAAACUCAAACAAAAUACUCAAAUCUGAACGCAAAAAGCACACAAAUAAAAACU